CUUAUGAAGUCCACUGAAUUGUUCGCUAAACCAAAAAUAAAAAUCUUCGGCCGCCUCGGGAUUGACUUUGAAAUUUAAGAAGAACUUGAAUUUCGCCAUGGACACCAAAUUUGGCUUCUCACUUUUCAUUCUACUCUUGUGGACCUGCCAUUACUGCAGCGGACAGGAAAGUCCUAACUUGUACUGCAAAAGCUGUGCUAGUUCCCAAUCCCUCAGGCACUGUGAACUGAGUCAAAAGGACAUCCUUUGUCCAAAAGGAAAGGAAAAAUGUUUGGAGGUGGAGUUCUACGGUGAUAACGGACAAGGUUUCGUACGAGACUGCAUCGAAGAGGACAAAUGCUUCGAGUCCAAACUCCCUCAGUGUCUGGCGGUGACUGGUAAUUCCUCGUACUGUUCCUUCAGCUGUUGCCUGGGAAACCUCUGCAAUGCGGGCGCGACUUUUAGGGUCAGCAGUAUCUCUCUUGCUUCAUGCGUGAUAGUUGGUCUUGUCUUGUAUUUCCUGUAGGCAAGCUUAUCUU